GCAUCAUGUCAGGUGGGCCACCUGUGAGCGUGAGCAUUGAGUCCUCCUGUGAGAAGCAGGUACAGGAAGUGGCCUUGGAUGGGACAGAGACCUAUGUCCCCCCUCUGUCCAUGUCCCAGAACCUGGCAAAGUUGGCCCAAAGGAUCGACUUCAGCCAGGGAUCAGAAUCUGAGGAGGAUGGAGCAGAGAGCGAACCCAAGGACCGUGAGUGGGGCAAAGAGGCAGAGGAAGAAGAAGGUACAGUGAAGUUUCAGCCAUCUCUGUGGCCCUGGGACUCGGUGCGUAACAAUCUUCGCAGUGCCCUGACAGAGAUGUGUGUACUCUAUGACGUGCUCAGUGUGGUGAAAGAGAAGAAGUACAUGGCCUUAGACCCAGUGUCUCAGGACCCAGCAGCUAACAAGACCCCUCAGGUGUUCCAGUUGAUCAGUAAAAAGAAAUCUUUGGGCACAGCAGCGCAGCUCCUCCUAAAGGGAGCAGAGAAGCUCAGCAAGUCGGUAGCAGAGAACCAGGAGAACAGGAGGCAGAGGGACUUCAACUCAGAGCUGCUGCGACUGCGCUCGCAGUGGAAACUACGCAAAGUGGGUGACAAGAUCCUAGGAGACCUCAGCUACAGGAGUGCAGGUUCUCUUUUUCCUCACCAUGGCACAUUUGAGGUGAUCAAAAACACAGACAUUGAUCUGGACAAAAAGAUCCCAGAGGACUACUGCCCCCUUGAUGUCCAGAUCCCCAGUGAUUUGGAGGGAUCUGCUUAUAUCAAGGUAUCUAUCCAGAAACAAGCUCCAGACAUCGGUGAUCUGGGAACUGUCAACUUGUUCAGGAGACCUCCAAAAACCAAAGCUGGAACCCAGGCGUGGCAUGUGAAGCUUGAAGCAGCUCAAAACGUUUUGCUCUGUAAGGAGAUCUUCGCGCAGCUGUCCAGAGAAGCAGUUCAGAUCAAAUCCCAGAUCCCUCACAUUGUUGUGAAGAAUCAGAUCAUCUCACAGCCUUUCCCAGGUCUGCAGCUCUCCAUCUCUCUGUGCCACUCUACAGGAGAGAAGAAGAACCACAAGGCGUCUCCUGAGAAACCCAAACCAGACGACCACCUUUAUGUGCUGGAACACAAUCUGCAUCAGAUGAUGAGAGAGUUCCACAAGCAGCAGCUGAGUUCUGUGGUGAUGCCACAUCCAGCGAGCGCCCCCUUUGGGCACAAACGGAUGCGCCUGGCAGGGCCGCAGGCCUAUGACAAAUCUGAAAUCUCCAGCUUGCAGCACAAUGAGGGGCUGCUGGAGAAGAUCAUCAAACAGGCCAAACACAUCUUCCUUCGUAGCAGGACAGCACGGACCAUCGACAGCCUCGCCAGCCGCAUUGAGGACCCUCAGAUCCAGGCUCACUGGUCAAAUAUCAACGACGUGUACGAGUCCAGCGUCAAGGUGCUCAUCACCUCUCAGGGCUACGAGCAGAUCUGCAAGUCCAUCCAGCUGCAGCUGAACAUCGGUGUGGAGCAGAUCAGAGUUGUGCACAGAGAUGGCCGUGUCGUCACUCUGUCACAUCAGGAACAGGAGCUGCAGGACUUCCUCCUCUCACAGAUGUCUCAGCAUCAGGUGCACGCAGUUCAGCAGCUGGCAAAAGUGAUGGGCUGGCACGUCCUCAGUUUUAGCAACCAUGUGGGCCUGGGCCCAGUGGAGAGCAUUGGAAAUGCCUCCGCUGUCACUGUAGCCUCUCCCAAUGGAGAGUACGCAAUCUCAGUGCGUAACGGUCCAGAGAGCGGGUGCAAGGUUUUGGUCCAGUUCCCCCGCAGCCAGACCAAAGAGCUGCCCAAGAGCGACGUCAUCCAGGAGGCAAAGUGGAGCCACCUCAGAGGGCCGUCCAAAGAGGUCCACUGGAGCAAGAUGGAGGGACGAAACUUUGUGUAUAAGAUGGAGCUCCUCAUGGCUGCACUGACCCCAUGUCCUUAGACACAGACGUCUCUCCCGCGCAGACACAAAGCCAUGGUGUGUUUAGUAUGAAGGCAGAGAACUGGACCUCCAAACAGAGAUUUUCUUUUUUCUUAACGAUAGCAGCACACAUCCAUGCAGCCGUGACCAACGGGCUCGUUUUCAAUCAUUUGACUAUUUAUCACCUCUUACACUAACUCAAACUUGUGGACUUUUUGAACUUUCUACUCUCAGUAGUAUCUGCCGCCAGCCGCCGUUUGAAUAUGGAUGUAAACCUAACAAACAAUUUGAUACAAAAUAAAACGCAGUCUGUCUGUUUUCAUUUA